AUGUCCUACAACAAACCAGACUACCCUCCUCCCUCCUACCCAGCACCCGUCCACGAUGCCGGCCCCUACCCACAGCAACAACCCGGCGGCGCAGCCAACGACUACUACAACCAAGGCGGCUACCCACCCCAACAAAGCUACGGAUCUCCUCCUCCUCAAAACUAUGGCUACGGAUCGCCGCCGCCCCCGGGUCAACCGAUGUACUAUCCGCCGCAGGGAUAUCCGCAAGCGCAACCGCAGCCGGGGUACUAUCAGGGUCAGCAGGAUCGCGGAGGGUCGACUGGCGGUGGUAUUUGCGCGGGUAUAAUGGCGGCGCUGGCGUGUUGCUGUUGUUUAGAUUUGAUUUUCUAG